UGGGGAGAUUCAAUCUGGAUGAUCAUGAGGUCGGCCCAUAAUCCCCUGCUCUGUUAAAUUGACAUGUAGGGCUUGCCUUCUGAAACUCUCAGCAAGGAUUUUCCUUUGGAAUUUUCUCUUUUUCUUUUCGUCUUUUUUUUAAUUAUUAUUAUUAUUUGUACUGAACAACACUGACACAGAGGAAUAUUCAUUCUGGUGCAGAAUGUGGCCUUGUGUAGAACCAACCAAAGGGAAAUAUCUCAUUGUCAACAUAAAUAUUGAGGCCUUAACUUAAAAGAGGGGCACAUAAAAGCAUUUUUGGACCUUGCAUCUGGAAGUUUGACCAAAGGCGGGGAGAUUUUAGGGGAUAAUGCCAAUUUAGCUAAUUUCGUCUGCAAGAAUAUAACUGAUUCAAGCCAACAUGGAUGACCCAUACCAAAACAAUAUAAACCAGCAGGGAGAAACCUACCCUACAUAUAAAGAAGACAAUUACCCCUAUCAGACAGACUACCCACCUCAGGAGGAAGAUGCUGCCAGUGAUGCCACAGAGGGAAAUGAUGAAGAUGAUCAGAUGUAUGAGGGGGAGUACCAGGGCAUCCCCCAUCCGGAUGAGAUCAAGGAAGCGCGGAGAGCUGCACGAAGGGAAGCCCGGAUGAAGGCCAGGAUGGCUGCUGAGGCUGAAGAGGAGACAUUGCCAGAGCAGUACGAGACCAUCAUGGAAGACUGUGGCCACGGGCGUUUCCAGUGGACCCUCUUCACGGUGCUGGGCCUGGCCCUCAUGGCUGAUGGGGUGGAAUGCUUUGUAGUGGGUUUCGCCCUUCCCAGUGCUGAGAAGGACAUGUGCCUGUCCAAUGCUGACAAGGGCAUGCUUGGUUUAAUUGUGUAUGUGGGCAUGAUGAUUGGUGCUGUUGUAUGGGGUGGUCUGGCGGAUAAACUGGGCCGACGGCAGUGCUUACUGUACGCUCUGUCAAUCAACUGCAUCUUCUCGUUCCUGUCCUGUUUCGCCCAGAGCUACGGCUUCUUCAUCUUCUUCAGACUCUGUUCAGGAAUUGGGAUUGGUGGGUCGAUCCCUGUUGUGUACACGUAUUACUCUGAGUUCCUGCAGAUAGACAAGAGAGGAGAACAUCUCAGCUGGCUGUGUUUGUUCUGGAUGCUCGGGGGACUGUACGCCUCCUUCACCGCCUGGGGAAUCAUCCCACAUUAUGGCUGGGGCUUCAGUAUGGGUACAGAGUUCCAGUUCCACAGUUGGCGUGUGUUUGCGCUGGUUUGUUUCCUUCCCUCAGUCGCUGCUCUCGCUGGGCUAGUGUUCAUGCCAGAAAGCCCCCGUUUCCUUCUGGAGACUGCAAGACACGACGAAGCUUGGAUGAUCCUGAGACAAGUCCAUGACACCAACUGGAGGGCGAAAGGAGAGCCAGAGAAAGUGUUUCAAGUUUCUCAGAUCAAAACACCCCUCACUCAGGAUGAUGAAUUUAUAGAGAUUCAGAGUGAAACUGGCACUGCCUUCCAGAGAUUCAUGGUCCGACAUAUGACCCUGGUCAAACAGGUCAUGAAGAACAUGAUGUCUCUGGCUGCACCUGAACUCAGACUCCAUAGUUUGUUCAUUGCCAUUGUCUGGUUUACUAUGGCCUUCAGCUAUUAUGGCCUGGGAGUGUGGUUUCCUGACCAGAUCAAGUAUCUGCAAUAUGAAGAGUAUGAGUCCAACGUCAAGCUCUUUCAUCGUGAGAAAGUGGAACGCUUUCAUUUCAAUUUCACUCUACAAAAUCAGGUCCACAAAGAGGGGGAGUAUAUCCAUGACAGGUUUGUCAAUAUAGAAAUUAGAAAUGUGAAGUUUGAGGACUCGCUGUUUGAGAACUGUUAUUUUGAGGACGUCAAGUCAACAGAGUCCUUCUUUGAGAACUGCACCCUUAAAAACACAGUCUUCUACAAUACUGACCUGUGGGAAGAUUCAAAGUUCAUUGACUGUAGGCUGGAAAAUACAACGUUUUUGCACCCCAAAAAAGGCUGUCAUCUAAACUUCCAGGAGGAAAAUGACAUCUUGAUCUAUUUAGUCAGCUUUCUCGGCAGUUUGUCUGUGUUACCGGGCAACAUUAUAGCAGGUCUAUUAAUGGAUAAAAUUGGAAGAAUUAAAAUUAUAGGGGGUUCUAUGCUGGCAUCGGCUGGCUGCACCUUCUUCCUGUUCUUGUGCUUCAGUCAGGGGGCGGUCAUCACUUUCCAGUGCCUCUUCUUUGCAGCUGGUGCGGCAGCUUGGAACGGCAUUGAGGUCAUUACUGUUGAGCUCUAUCCAGCCUCUAAAAGAGCCACAGCUUUCGGUGUGUUGAACGGCCUCUGCAAACUCGCAGCUAUCAUCAGCUGUUUCAUCUUUGGCAAAUUUAUCGGCAUUACCAAGAUCAUCCCCAUCAUCCUGUCCUUCUCUGCGCUAGUGUGUGGAGGACUGCUGGCAUUUAAACUACCUGAGACACGCGAGGUCAUUCUUCAGUGAAAAAGCCAAACUCCUCAAGCAUCAAGGCCUCAUACCAGCAUUUGGUCCAGCUGGAAUCUGGAUUUCCUCAUGUUUGGACUACUGAACACUGACAGCAAAAGGGCUGUAUCAUGUAAAGCUGAUAUGGUGUCAUGUUAUAGCCAUUUUCCCUGAGUAUUGAAUCCGAUAUUUGGACAUUUUUGGAAAUAUCUUUGCUACAAUUAAACAAAACUUAGAAAAUUAGAAGUCAGAGUAAGUCAAAUCCCUCUAUUUUUAUUGAAACAUACUGUAACUGACUUCCAACUAUAAAUCACAGCAGUUAUAUUUCUGCAUUUUGCUUUUUGCAAGUGUUGUGUACAUGUUGUUCUUUUUGUGAUAUUUUGGUCAGACAAUUUUUUUGCAUUUACUUUCUUCUUCUGAUAACCUGCUUUUUGUCUAGUUAUUGUUGUGCUGUAUUUGUGUAUUACUGUGAUAUAUAUGUAUUUCACAAUAGAUCAUUAUAUUUUCACUGUGUUUUAACUCUAAUGCUGUUGGAUUCCCAUUUUUUCUAAUAUUAUUUGUCAUGCCUUUUCAGUAGAACAUGAUCAUGCUAUACAAAAAUGGCAUUGUUUGUAGGAAAAUAGACAUUUUUAAGAUUUUACUUGAGAUAAAUGUCAAUAAUGUUAAUUUCCUGUGAGAAGAGUUUUAGAUUAUGCAAUAAUUGUUCUGUUUAUUAAAUCGUGUGGAUAGUAAAUAUGAAGGAGGGCCUCAAAAAUGUUCAUUUAUGGGUAUUAUACAUGUUUCACAUUUGACUACAGAGAAGGCUACGUACAUGUAUUUUCUUUCUUUUUUUAAGAUGACAUCUCCAAUAGGUUAAUACUGUCUACAAAAGAGGCUUUAUAUUCCAUAGCUAGUAAUAAUGGCUUUAUGAAAGGGAAUGCAUAAUUAAGCCUUUUUAUAUUUCAUAUUCAAAACGUCAUGGAAGAAAAGCCCAAUUGAAUUUGUUUUGUUUGUUCUGGUUUGUGAUGGUAUAAAAA